AUGGAUGCUUCUGAAUUGAUUUUGAACCUCGUGCAGAAAGAACAAAACGAAAUAUUUCUAGCUGCGAUUAAAACGGCAGUUAAGGAAAAGAAUUUAAGCGACUGCGAACUUUUUUCCAAUCGUGAGGAUAGUUCAUCUUCCGGUCAACAUGUAAUGAAGAAAAAUUCCUUUUCCGGUGGUGUAUCCGAAAAAUCGUGCGGGGAUUGUAAAAAGGAAAAACCUGACGAAGGGAUGUUCAAGGUUUCCUUGACGACGAACGAUGAAGAUUUGGAGAACGAUAAGGAGAACGUGUCAAGGAAGAAGAUACGCGUGGAGGCGAGGCAGAUUUGCAGCAAUCGCGAAAAUAGCGACGAGGAGAAAAUCUUCGUGCUGCAGCAACUCGGUCGAUCGCAGAUACGUCCAGAAGGAUUCCCGGCAUUUCUAUGCAUCGACGGGAGGAUUGCCAGUUCAAAUGGAGUUAAACGAAAAAUCCCACGACCAGCUAACGCUUUUAUGCUGUUCGCCAACGAAUGGCGUAAAAAGCUCGCUGCGGAGAAUCCUCGGGAGUCUAAUAAGGACAUUAGCGUUAGGCUAGUUUCCCUACAUCCAUUUUUACAUUUGCAUCUAGUAAUGGGACAAGUUCUUUUAUAUGAAAUAUUUUUUCUUCUUCAUUAAUACACUUGCUUAUUUAAACAUUUUAACAUUUUUAAUAAUUUAAAAACACAAAGUAUACUGUAAAUUAGAACAUUUUAUAUCGUGCAGAUUAGGCAUCCUUUGG